AGUAGUCACCAAUUAAAAAUAAAUAUUUACAACUCUGCCUUCUUUUCCACAGGAUGAUUGCCUUAUUCAGUGACCAACGCAAAUAGAAAAAUAAAGUAAAGAUGGCGUCUGAGAAUGAAAUAGCUAUUGUGGGUAUAGGAUGCAACUUUCCUGGAGGUGAAGGAAUUGACAGUUUCUGGAAAGUGUUAGAGAAUGGCAGAAACUGCACUACAGAAAUACCUCCAGAAAGAUUUAACAUUAGAGAGUGGUAUGAUCCAGGUGACGACAAACCAGGUAAAAUACGUACAACUCGUGCUGCUCUUCUUGAUGAAUUGAAUGCAUUCGAUAACAAGCUGUUUGGCAUCAGCAAUGAGGAAGCUGAGCGUAUGGAUCCUCAGCAAAAGUUACUCAUGGAAUGUACCUACAGAGCGCUGGAAGAUGCAGGAGUCACUCAUGAAAACAUUAGUGGUACCAAAACAGGGGUUUUUGUUGGUAAGAUAAUAGUAACGAUGCAGAAGAUUUUGUAUAUUUACAUUGCAUACCAUCUAUCUGCUUUAGAGGUGGCCACACAACAAUCCAUGUUGAUCUUUCAAUGCAUACGCCACUUUCCUCAUUGGGUGUAG